GGAGAACAUUGCUUGUAUAGCACGUUUGAGUUGCUUUCGGCUGGGCCUUGCUCUUAGGAUCAGCGGAAUCAUGAAUCGCGCGAUGUCUAAUGCAUUCAAAUGAUGCGUUUCGUGCACAAGUGUUUUGCGAUGAAAGACCUGUUCAUUGGAAGGAUGUGUACUGUGCUGGGAGUUUUUGCGAUAUUUUUGAGAGUUGUGAAAUGACUGAAAUAGAUGCUGAUUUUGUCUUGGGUCCUUCAUAUUGCAAAAUUUUGAAUCUUGACGUUUAAACUUUUAAGGUGGGUAUGUGGUGGAAAUGCGAUUCGUUUAUGGUGCGAUGUAUGUUAUGUUAAUCAUCAGUUGUGUCUUCGUCAAUGUUAAUGCGUUUUUAUUAAGUCGAAGAGGAAUUCAGCUCGAAAUAGAUAUUUUUGAGCGUAGUAAAGUAGUCACUCCCUGUUGUUACGUUACUCAUAG